ACAAGGCAGCAGUCGACUGAGCACACACGUGAAGAAUGACCAGGAGGAGUUUUCUCUGAGUGGACUUGUACGACUUGCACUGUUUUAGAAUCCUGCGCUUUGGAUUAUGCUCUUCAUCCUGAUCCUCUCGUCGCCGCCACUGAGCUUGUAGAUUCUUCAUCAUUCUGAUUUUCUUUCUUUCCCCCCCGUUGGUCAUUGCAAUCUUUGAUUAAUGCAAACAUCGUCAUGUUUAUCAGAUCAACUUUUCUCCUUUACUUUGUGGUCUCACUCUUAAAGCUUGCUCGUUGCAUGGAGAGUGAACUUUGCUUCCCGAUUAGAAUGAAUAGUGAUGAGAGUAUGGAUUCUGAUAACGACGUGGAUUUCCUUAAUAGAAAAUAUGUCCUAAAGAUUAAAGCUUUCCAGCAGGAAUUAGUGAUCGAUUUACAGCGAGACUCUAAUUUCAUUGCCCCUUCCAUCUCUAACCAAGGCGCAUUGUGGCUCUCCGAUACCGAUGUCACCACUGACCUGACCCGGUGUUUUUAUUCUGGAUAUGUGAACGCUGAUCAGUACUCUUAUGCCGCUCUCAGCCUCUGCAAAGGUGUGCAAGGUGCAUUUGGCUUCCACGGCUGGGAAUAUUUUAUCAGUCCGGUACAAAAUGACACCAGAAGCGCAGAGAGCGCGCACAUCGUCCGGCGCAGAGCCAGCAACAACCUGAAGCCCAGCUCUACCUCCAGGUGCGCAGUGGACAGCGACAUAAGCCUCCAGGCUGCGCAGUCCUUGGAGAAAUACAAGCGACUGGCAGACCACAGCAAUGUGACCGAAACGAUGCUGAAGAGGAUGGGGAGAGCCAAAAGGUUCGCCUCAAUCCCCAGAUACGUGGAAACGCUUGUUGUGGCGGACGAGUCCAUGGCGAAAUUCCACGGAGAUGACUUAAAGCACUACCUCUUGACACUGAUGGCAGUGGCAGCGAAGCUCUACAAGCAUCCCAGCAUCCUCAACUCCAUCAGCAUUACAGUUGUGAAGAUCAUGAUUAUAUCCGAGGAGGACAAAGGACUCAAGGUGUCCGGGAACGCAGCCAUGACGCUACGGAACUUUUGCACUUGGCAAAAAAAGAUGAACAAAAACAACGACAAGCAUCCCGAGUACUGGGACACAGCUAUUCUUUUCACCAGACAGGACCUCUGCGGGGCCUCCACCUGUGACACACUUGGCAUGGCAGAUGUUGGCACCAUGUGCGACCCCAAGAGGAGCUGCUCUGUAAUCGAAGACGACGGCCUUCCUUCAGCUUUCACCACUGCUCAUGAGCUCGGGCAUGUGUUCAACAUGCCACAUGACAAUGUGAGAUCCUGUGAGGACCUGUUCGGAAAAAUGCUGGAGAACCACAUGAUGUCACCUACACUAAUUCAGAUCAACCGUACCAGCCCCUGGUCCCCCUGCAGUGCCGCAAUCGUCACUGAAUUUCUGGAUGGCGGGCAUGGUGAUUGUUUGCUCGACCAGCCUCAGAAACCGCUAGUCCUACCUGACACGCUGCCAGGAUCAUCCUACCACCUCGAACGCCAGUGUGAGCUCGCCUUCGGUGAAGGCUCCAAGCCUUGUCCCUUCAUGCAGCCGCCAUGCAGUCGUUUGUGGUGCACUGGAAAGUCCAGCGGACAUUUGGUGUGUAUGACUCGGCACUUUCCCUGGGCAGAUGGCACUCAGUGUGGGGACGGACAGGUCUGCGACCGAGGGGUCUGCACUGACAAGCAGGUUCACAACUUGAAGGUGGACGGCCGCUGGGGUAAGUGGGGCCUGUUCAGUACCUGCUCACGCACAUGUGGUGGUGGUGUCCAGCUGUCAAAGAGAGAGUGUAACAACCCAGUUCCAUCAAAUGGGGGUAAAUACUGCCAAGGAGUUCGGGUCAAAUAUCGCUCUUGCAACCUGAACAGCUGCCCUGACACAGGUAAGACAUACCGUGAAGAGCAGUGUGAGAGUAGCGGCCAGAGAUUCAGCAGUAACCGUAUCAGCCACUCUGUGGUGUGGAUACCCAAGUACUCUGGAGUGUCCCUCAGUGACAGGUGCAAACUCAUCUGCAGGGCUAAUGGUACGGGCUACUUCAACGUCCUGGAAUCAAAGGUUGUUGAUGGGACUCCAUGUUCGCCAGAUUCCACGGGAGUGUGUGUCCAGGGAAAGUGCAUUAAGACCGGCUGUGACAGCAAAAUUGGCUCCACUAAAAAGUUUGAUAAGUGUGGAAUCUGUGGAGGUGACAACAAGGGCUGCAAGAAAGUGUCUGGACUCUUCACAAAGCCUGUGCAUGGCUACAACUUCGUUGUCAUGUUGCCAGUGGGUGCAGCCAAUAUAGACAUCCGCCAGCGAGGCUACAAGGGAAUGGUCAGUGAUGAUAACUACUUGGCCGUGAAGAACAGUGACGGCCAUUACCUGCUCAAUGGGAACUACAUAGUGUCAGCUGGUGAGAAGGACAUCUUUGUAAAGGGAAGCUUGCUGCGCUACAGUGGCACAGUCGGCCCUUCGGAGACCAUACAGGCCACGAAGCCCUUGGGAGAAGCCCUGACGGUGGAGGUGCUGUGUGCAGGCAAGAUGACACCUCCUCGCAUCCGCUACUCCUUCUACCUCGCCCGUCAGGUCAAGGAAGACAAGAAUCUGAAGAAGAAUGAGAGGGUAAACUCUCAAAACAGUGUCCUGGAUGAAGAUAGUGUCAAGGAGAAAGACACAGAUAGCCUAAAGAUGUCUUACAAAAAGGAGAAACCCGUUAUGGACAAGUGGGUUACCACAGGCUGGGAUGAUUGCUCCGUUUCCUGCGGCCGUGGGAGCCAGAGGAGGAUGGUGCAGUGUUUGAAACCAGACGGGAAGCCAGGGUGGAACUGUGACACUUCACAAAGACCUCCAGCCACCAGGGUUUGUGAAGGGCCAUGUCCUGAGUGGUAUAUUGGGCAGUGGUCACCGUGCUCCAAAACCUGCGGGAAGGGCUUCAAGAGACGACCACUGCACUGCCAAAGCCAAACUGGGCAUCUUCUCACAAGAGAUCACUGCACUGGCGUUCGUAAACCACAGGAGCUGGACUUCUGUAACAUGACGCCUUGCUAGUAACUUAAACCUAUAAACGACACAAGUGUUUUUUUCUGUUUUAAAAGGGUGAAUUGAUUCCAUCUGCAAGUAUCUUUUGUAUCUGUCAGACAUGGAUUUUUCCACUUGGGCUGUUAGAGGAUGAUGGACACCUGCUUGGAAGAAUAUCAAAGCUCAAACCUGGAAGAUGAAUGCUGGAAGAUAUCUUUCACUGCCACUUUGUUUAAGCAUUAUUCAGGAGUACAUUUUAUGGCAAUACAAGAUAAUCAAGGUCAAAUAAAAUUUAGUUGAAUUCCUUGUACUGUCAGCAGAUACAGAAUGUCCAUUUGCAAGCAAUCAAUCUAGUUUACCUUUUGAGUCUGGAACCCAUUUCAUGUCAUAAUACUUUAACUGUGCAGGCUGCAGAUUAGUGAAAGCUGUGGGUAGUUUACAAAACGCCUCCAGUCAUUUUUCAAAUAGCAACUAUACCAAGAGUGACAUGUAUGAAUAACAGUUGGACUAAAACAUAGUUCCAAAAUGUCUCACGCAUGUUUUAUCGGUCAUCUUUUUUUUUUUUUUGAAU